AUGGCAUCUGUUGCUACUAAUAAUACUAAUACUAACAACGAUACUAACAAUGAUACAAGUACUAACAAUGCUAAUGAUACAAGUACUAACAAUGAUACAAGUUCUAAUAAUCCGAGUGAUAUUCAGCGUCACACAGAAAAUCGUAUAACAAUUUAUUCACGAACAUAUUUCGAUCGAUUUCUUGGCCAAAGAUCGGUAAAGCACCCACCGAAACUUACAAAAUUGUCCGUAAUUAUUUGGUCAUUUGUGGCAUCGUUUGUUGGGAUCGCUAUGGUUUCGGCGAUUUCGUUUAAUAUUGCGUUUUUUGAGGAACACGAAGUUACGGUGAUGGUUGGCACAAUUGAUUCGCCGUUAGCGCAGCCAAAAAAUUUAAUUUGCGGCCACUUAAUUUCUGCAUUCAUCGGCGUUUCAGUAAACAAAAUAAUCUCGCAAAUAACCCACAAACCAAUAGACGACAACUCAAUACGAUGGUUGACAUGUGCACUCGCUGUCUCCAUCUCAAUGGUUUUCAUGCAACUCACCCACACCAUACACCCGCCCGGCGGCGCAACAGCCUUAAUUGCAGUCACAGGCGGCCAAGGAAUUUACAAACUUGGCUACUGGUUUAUGAUUGUGCCAAUUUUGCUUGGGAUAGUGUUGAUGUUCAUUGUGGCGUUGUUGAUAAAUAAUUGUCAACGACGUUAUCCGUUAUACUGGUGGAAUAAGAAACAAAGUGUUCUUGCGGUUGGAGAAACUCGGCAGUUAAAAGGACAUAAUAAUAUAUUUUGCGAUGCUUUGAACAUUGAUAAUAAAGAAGACGGCUCUGGUAAUGAAUUUUCUGAAAUUGAACUGAGUAUAACAUCUUCUAGAAGAGAACCGGUUAUAAUAGAUAUGCAAGAAGGUAUUGUAGAUAAUUGCAGUAAUAGUAUUAGUACUAGAAUUGAAAAUAUCCAAAAUACAUUGAUAUCAAAAAAAUCUUAG